GUCGGCCAGUUAGGGUUCGCGGGUCUGACCCAGCCACAGUGCCAUUGUGACGCCAGAACCAUUGGCCUAGAUAAUUCCCUCCUACAAAUUCCCCCGAUGAGCUUCCAUAAGCUAGCUAUCUGUCUUAUAUUACGAUCGUGGCACUAUGAGGGGGCACCUAGUUUACGCGGAUUCUUCUAUUGGCAUUAAUUAUUCCCUCACGUGGGGUCCUUAUCGGGGCUAGACACGCCUUUCGAGAGCAGGACUCAAAUAUUUCUAUCUUUUGAGCGAGACUUCAGCUCCCAUUCUUGCAUUGUGACCAUUCGAGACUGAGACUUCUUCAGCAAACGCCUGGAAUGUGGAAGCCUAGGGUGAACUUUAUCACCUUGCAUUACGCAUACAUUAUCUUCCUCGGCAUCUUGGGUCUGAUCAUCCUCUAUCCAUAUGGCAACUUAACGGCAAUCGAUGCCUACUUCUUUGGGGUCAGCGCCUCGACAGAAUCCGGGCUGAAUCCUGUCGACGUCAAUGGACUCAAGACCUACCAACAACUAUACAUUUAUUUUAUUCCCAUGCUCUCUAACCUAUGCUUUAUCAACAUCUUAGUUGUGGUCGUGCGACUGCAUUGGUUCGAAAAACACCUGAAAAAGCUAGGACCCUCUGUUCUUUAUCCCAAACCGAGAUUGCCGGACCACUCAGGCUAUGCUCAUGAUUCAGAAGCUCAGGCUCACAAACGUGAAGAAGACCGUAUACCAGGACAGGAGUCCGUCCAAGUAUCUCAAGAUUCAUCAUGUGGAAUCGAGACUUUGAACAAUGAGAGAUCGAAGAAUACGGUUGCAGAUGAAGCCAACAACUCAGAUUCGAACCAACCCAGUCCUCCCUCUCAAGACCCUCCUCAACUUAAUCGAAGUAUCUCCUUUGCGGACGACUCAAAAGCUCUAUAUAUUCCUCCACCUCGCGAGCGAGACAGAGGAUUCCCAAUACUGGAAGUGAACGAAUCAUCGAAAGAAAAUCGUGCAGAAUCAACCGAGAGAGAAGAACCGGAUACCAAAGAGGGCCGCCGGAGUCUACGGGAUACUAUAUCAUCCAGUGGUAUCCCGCUCGAACACGUUGCUUCCUCAGUGUUUGUGAUUGGGAAAAAGCCCAAACCGUCCAGCGAGUCACGACUCCAGAGUACAAUUUCACUUUCCAAGGACUCCAAUCUUCCGGGUCUCUCAUCACAGGCUACCUUAGGCAGAAAUUCGCAAUUCUACAAUUUGACGGACGAGGAUCGGGAAAAGCUGGGUGGUAUUGAAUAUCGAAGCCUCAAAAUACUGUUGAAGAUUGUGAUUGGUUAUUUCUUCGGGCUCCAUAUAUUCGGAGCGAUCUGCCUAGUGGGUUGGAUUCAAUAUGCAAAUCCAAAAUACAGAACCUACCUCGAGGAGUGUGGACAAAACCAUAUCUGGUGGGCAUUUUACUCGGCGCAAACAAUGGUCGACAACCUAGGGCUUACACUCACCCCGGAUUCCAUGAUUUCAUUCCAAGAUGCAACCUUUCCCAUGAUCGUGAUGAGUUUCCUCGCAUACGCCGGUAACACCAUCUAUCCCUGUCUCCUCCGUCUCGUCAUUUGGACGAUGUUCAAAUGUGUUCCACAGCAGUCGUCGCUCAAGGAACCGCUCGCCUUCCUCUUGAAAUAUCCCCGUCGGUGUUACACGCUGCUCUUCCGGAGUAAACCCACCUGGAUCCUCUUCGGGAUUGUCUUUGUGCUCAAUUUUGUCGACGUUCUAUUAAUCAUUGUGCUGGACCUUCAUAACCCCGCCGUGAACAAUCUCCCCCCUGGCCCUCGAAUUCUGGCAGCCAUCUUUCAGGCCGCAUCGGCCCGACAUACAGGAACGUCGACCUUCAACCUUGCCAAGGUCAACCCGGCCGUUCAGUUCAGCUUAUUGGUCAUGAUGUACAUCGCCAUAUUCCCCAUCGCCAUUAGCAUUCGGGCAUCGAACACGUACGAGGAGAGCGCUCUCGGCUUGUACUCAAAUGAACGGGAGAUUGAUGAAAACGACGGCACCAAUUACGUGCUGGCCCAUAUGCGGAACCAGCUCAGUUUCGACUUGUGGUACAUAUUCCUGGGAAUAUUCUGCGUCUGCAUUGCUGAAGCGGACCGAAUCAUGGAUCCUUCCGAAGCACAAUCAUUGUCCGUGUUUGCGGUCUUUUUCGAAGUGGCUUCCGCAUACGGCAAUGUCGGCCUGAGCCUAGGAUAUCCUACGGUCGCAACCUCUUUGAGCGGUCAAUUCUCGACCUUCAGCAAAGUAGUGAUCUGCGCGAUGAUGAUCCGAGGGCGUCACCGUGGUCUGCCCUACUCGCUCGACCGAGCGAUUCUGCUCCCCAACGACCGCCUGGUUGCAAGUCACGGCGACGAAACUCGGUCUGAUGCUCGCCCCUAUGUCAACAGCAGUAGUCUGGGUGUGGACGAUAGCGGACGGGUGAGGUUCCGACGGUCGUAUACCAAGUAGUCCCUCCGGAUGGUUUAGUGUAUAGAUUUUUCUUUGUCUUCCUGCAGAGCAGCAUUGUCCGGGAUUCCCCAGUAGCAUAAUCCAGGCACCGGGAGAUUAAGACCUCCGGAGAGCCAGAGAUCGAACUGGUCACGCAGCAGACGCAACAAAGAACGGUCCACCGGGCAUCCAAUCAAGUUGACAUCGUGGCGAAGUGGAGUUGGGUGGAGCGGCGACAUCAUUGCUGUCCAUGCCGUCAUGGCAUCCCACCUCUGCUUUUAAUUAAGCCUUUCUC